AUGGAUGUAGCAUUUGUAGAACUUAUCGAUGUAAUCAUGGUGAUAUAUCAAUAUGAUAUGACUGCCUAUUCAAAAAGGGCAGAGCACCAUUGCACUCGCUUGGAGAAAAUUUUCAAAAAAGCCUUGGAGUAUGGGAUAUCACUCAACCCAAAGAAAUGUCAUUUUGGUGUUGAGGAAGGUAAUCUCUUAGGGCACAUUGUAUCCAAAGAAGGGGUAAGGAUUGAUCCAGAAAGAGUGGCAGCAAUCAAUGAGGUCCUUAUUCCAAAAAUGGUCAAGGCCAUCCAAUCAUUCCUAGGACAAAUAAACUUCAUCAAAAUAUUUAUAUUGAACUUUGUAGAUAUUGUAAAACCCAUAGUUCAUAUGCUGAAGAAAGGAGCUACAAUGGAUUGGGCUGCUGAUGCAUUGGAUGCAUUUGUUGCCAUUAAAAGGGCAAUCACUGAGGCGCCUGUCCUGAUAUCACCAGACUUCACUAAACCCUUCUUGAUUUUUUCUUUUGCCUCUCUUCACACUGUGGCAGCCGUGUUUCUACAAAAGAAUGCAGAUGGUCACGAGCACCCUAUUGCUUACUAUAGAAAAUCUAUGUCACCCAUGGAGGUAAAGUACGAGAUAAAUGAAAAACAAGCCUACGCAUCGGUGAAAGCAGUCAAACAUUUUCGACCUUAUUCAAUUGGUGCGGAGGUAAUUGCCUACAUCCCUAAUGCAGCAGUGAAAGACAUUUUCAGACAAACUAAAGUGACAGGGAGAAGGUGUAGAUGGAUCAACCAAAUUCAGGAAUUUAGUAUUGAUAUUAAGAUAACACAAGUUGUAAAGGGACAUGGAUUGGCUAAGUUCAUAGCUGAAGCAGACAUGGAAAAGGCUCAGGCUGAAAAGAGGUGUGAGGCGUGCCAGAAGUUUUCAGGGAAAAUGAAAUACCAAGGGGCAUUGCCUCUAAGACCUAUGCAAGUGGAAGAACCUUUCCAGCAAUGGGGCCUGGAUUUCAUUGGAAAGAUAACAUAUCAUUUGAGUGGAGGGAACAGGUGGAUAUUGGUGGCCACUGACUACCUUACUAAAUGGGUAGAGGCAAUCCCUACCAAACAAGCUACUAGUAGGGUGGUGAUUAAGUUUAUGAUGGAGAACAUUAUUACCAGGUUUGGUGUCCUUGCAAGAAUAAUUACUGAUAACUGUAUGUGCUUCAGAUCCGAAGAAUUUAAUACUUUAUGUGAGGAAUACGGCAUUAAGGUAUCACACUCAUCCCCAUACCACCCUCAGGCCAAUGGACAUGCAGAGUCUAGUAAUAAAAACUUUCUUAAGAUCAUUAAGAAAACACUUGGACAUAACAAAAGGGCUUGCGAUUCAAAGUUGAAUUUAGCACUUUGGGCGGAUAGGAUUAUAGUGAAAAGGUCUACAGGAAAGUCUCCAUUCGAGCUAGUGUAUGGUAAACAAGCCAGAAUUCCUCUUGACAACUUGUUGUCGGUCCAUAAAUUCAUGAUUCAAAAGGGAAUUGAUAAUGUUGAUCCUCUACAGGAGAGGUUUGUAUAA